GUGGGAAAAAAAGAUCCCCAGAUGGACUUAUCUUCGUUGGAGAGAUUGGGAGUGAGGAAGAGAAAAUUGUAGGGGAAGAAGGGAUAACGAAGGCAUGGGGAGUUGUUGUACAGGGGAAAGGGGUAGAAUGUUCACCGGCUUGUUAUUUGUUGAAGACGAGCAGAGUCAGUGCUGGAUGUGGAAUGGGAUUGUUUUGCACUCAUUUUUGUUUAGCAAGAGUACAGAAUUUUAGGGACAGUGCUCUUGUCCAGUUUAAAAAUUCCUGGUUGUUGCAAUGAUUCAUCAAUUUCCAACCAUUCUUGGGUUUGGCCAAAUGUAAAGAAGGUUUUACUACUAAUAUAAUGGAUUGUUCUCUCAA